GCCACGAGCGUCAUUUGUAUGGUGUGAUCAGUGUUAUCAACAUGUGCAAGUUAAAUUUGCUGGUUCAUUUUGCUCUGUUUUGCACAACGGUCGGUGUGCAAUGUGACUCAAGUGCCGAAACAUCGAGUGAUGUAAAAGGAGGUUUUGCGUUUGAAAUGAUCAUGACAAAACUAAUACAGCUAGAAGAUCAUAUUAAACUGAAGGACGAUGCAUUGGAAAAAAGCUAUAAGGAAAUAAAUUGCAGGAUUGAAAAUUAUGUACAAAACAAGGAGAAAGAAAACGAAAUAAACGAAAAUGUUUAUAAAUCUUGCAAUGCUGCACCAUUUGCUUCUUCUGGUGUAUAUAAAAUACAACCUGAAAAGCCAUUUAAAGAGCCAAUUACUGUGCUGUGCGAUCAAGAGUACGAAUCAGGCGGCUGGAUUGUGAUACAGCAUCGUUUUGACGGAACCACAAACUUCUAUCGGAAUUGGAAGGAGUACAAGAAUGGGUUCGGAAAUCUGGAUGGAGAAUUUUGGCUGGGUUUGGAUCGUAUUUAUCAGUUGACUGUGUCGCAACCACAUGAACUGAUUGUACUGCUGGAGGAUUUUGACGGGAAUAAAACGUUCGCCAGAUACGAUCACUUUGAAAUAGGUGAUGAAGGCCAAAAGUAUUCGGUCAUGAAAAUAGAAAAAUACUCAGGAACGGCCGGAGAUGCUUUCAGCGGCACUAAAAGUGUAAAGUUUUCUACAUUUGAUGCGGAUAAUGAUACCUGGGACAAUCAUUGUGCAGUGAAGUUUACCGGAGCCUGGUGGUAUAGCAAUUGUCAUUCAAGCAAUCUUAAUGGAAAAUAUCUGAAAGGCGAAACGAAGGAAUAUGCUACAGGAAUGGUGUGGUCAUCGUUUCGUGGACAUUAUUAUGCACUAAAAACUGCGAAAAUGAUGAUAAGGCCAAAAAUGUAAUCGGUUUUCCAUGCGACACAAAACUUAAAGGGUUUUCCAAGUCACUUUCGAAUGUAAACAUUGAUAUUCGCCGCGUGCAAGAUGCUAAUCCACAUCAAUCUGUUAUUUCAUUUACAUCACAAUAAUAUUAUCCACAUGAUUUUCAACACCCUGAAGCUCAACUGAAGUGUUGAAAAUCAUGUGUUGAAAUUGAAACUUCAUUUUGAACAAAUAAACCAUUUGA